CACUGAUUGGCAUUGAUAGGUGGCGCUGACUGGCACUGAUGGGUGACACUGAAAGGCAGCUCAGAUGGGCACUGAUAUGUGGCAUUGAUGUGCACUGGUAGGCACUGAUAUGUGGCAUUGAUGUGGCACUGAUGGGCACUGGCAGGUGGCAUGGAUGAGCACUGAGAGCUGGCACUAAUGGACACUGACAGGUGGCACUUCUGGGGCUACACUGAUCAUCAGGGCACACUGAUCAUCACUGUCAGCGUGACAGCUCGUAAGCAGAGAAAUGCCAAUAACCGGCAUUUCCCUGUUUACAUGCGAUCAGCUGGGAUUGGACACAGAUGAUCACAUGA